AUUUCAAAUUACCCCAAAAUCCAGUCAUCGACGAGACGAGUUGAAGCUUCACAAACAAUCUCCUUCUUCCGCGUGUCUACAAUCUUCACAGCAUCUUGGUACAAAGGCGAUUAACCGCCGUUUUUCUGAAAUGGAAAACAAUGCCAAGGUAUGGUAACGAAAUCCCUUGAAUCUCACUAACGUCGUCUCAAAACCCUACCACACUUGAAUCUCUCAAUCGAAGAGGCCUGGAUCUUCCAUCGCCUCUAAUUCAAGUACCGGAACCACCCAAACCCGAAUCCAUGUGCACCAGCCUGUUAUCGUUCCGCCGAACCACCCUCUUCCUUCUACAACUCAAAGAAUAACACCUGUGCGGCAUACAAUCUAUAGUUGAUUACCACACAAGUAACUGAAACUUGGAAUGGCUUUCUCCCGUGGUUUAGCAGCUCAACUCCGCUUCUAUUUGUGCAAAAGAAGACCGGUUAAUGUUCGAUCACGUCAGUAUUCGUCGUCAUAUCAUGAAAGAGAUGAACGAGCAAUGGAGGAGGAGGCUGAAAACAAAAUAGGAUGGCUUUUUAAACUUAUCUUUAUUGGGACUGCAACAAUCGGUGGAUACCAUAUAUUUCCUUACUUGGGUGAUAAUCUGAUUCACCAGUCUGUGUCACUUCUAAACGUCAAGGACCCGCUAUUUAAAAGGAUGGGAGCAUCCAGAUUAGCUCGUUUUGCAACAGAUGAUGAAAGAAGAAUGAAGAUUGUGGAGAUGGGUGGGGCACAACAGCUUGUGGAUAUGUUGGGUGCUGCUACAGAUGAUAAAACACGCAAAGAAGCUUUGAAUGCUAUUAUUGCCAUUGCUCGUUCAGAUGAAGCUGUUGGGGCUCUGCAAAGUGCCGGAGCGAUCUCAGUAAUCAUGGCUACUCCACAAUGCACUGAAGAUGCUGAAAUUGAGAAAUUUAAAAGAAAGUUGCUGAAGAGACUUCAAGAUAUGAAACAAGAAGAAAAUUCAUCUUGAAAUUAAGGUACUUUCUUUAUCAACUGUUAAAUUAGAACCAAGAACUUGGGGCGUAGGAAAGAUUUGUCUACAUUUUACAAAUUUCCAAGCCCUACUACGCGUGGGAUUACUAGAUUAGUUUGUUUUUAUUGCCAAAUUGUAAGGCCGUUUGAGUGCUUUACAUCUUUCUCAAUGGGCUUCCAUAACUUCCUACUA